AUGCCUUCAUCCCGCCUCAACUCCAAAGUCUGCAUAAUAACAGGCUCCUCCUCAGGCCUGGGCCGCGCAAUAUCCCUCUCCUACGCCUCCGAAGGCGCCCUCAUCGUCUGCGCAGACCUCCGCCCCGAACCUCGCGCAGAGACCAACGCCUCCGAUACUCUCGUCAACACAGACGACCUCAUCCGCCGCACCGGCGGGCGCGCCAUCUUCGUCAAGACGGACAUGACGUCGCCCGAAGACGUGGAGAACCUGGUCUCGAAGACGGUGGAUGAGUUUGGGCGUCUUGAUGUUCUGGUCAACAACGCCGGAAUCUCCCUCGAAGCAGGCCGUCCCCCGCUCGGAAUCCACCAGACGCCGGUCGACACCUGGGACGUCACCAUGAGCGUCAACGCCAGGUCCGUGUUCCUCGGCUGCAAGUACGCCGUCGCGCAGAUGUUGAAGCAGGAUAUACUACCCUCGGGAGACCGCGGUUGGAUCGUCAACAUAUCCUCCAUCUUCGGGCUUGUAGGCGGACGGCAUAACAUAUCCUACGCGGCGUCGAAGGGGGCCGUCUCAAACCUGACGCGACAGGUGGCGAUGGAUUACGCGGGGGACAGGAUCCACUGCAACGCUAUCUGUCCUGGGUAUAUCAAGACUGCAAUCUUCGCCGACACGAUCAAGACUCUGCACAGUCCAGAUGCGAUCGACGCCCAACACCCGCUGCGCGGAGUUGGAACUCCGGAGGACAUUGUUGGGGCGGCAGUCUUCCUCGCGAGCGAUGAGGCGCGAUGGAUUACUGGGAUUUGCAUGCCGGUGGACGGGGGGUACACUGCUCAGUAG